AACUACUCUUCCCAGAGAUCCUCGAUAUUUUCCAGGAAACUUUGGAGGUACAAUGGCUGGGGCUGGGGGGAGAUGUGAAUGUCAGUGAGCGGUAUGUAAAGUUGUCGUUUUUAUUAAAGUAAGGAGAGGGCAAUAAAGGAAAGUAGGGAGAAGUUAAUUUUUCCACAAUUAUCUUAAUUUUAAUUAGAAAUCGUUACUGCUCACAUUUCUGCAUGAACCCCGUGUAGUCUUCCUCCUUGUGGCUUUAGGGUCACUCACUGAAGACCACGGGACAUGUCUGGGCUGGCGUGCAGACUAUAAACUUGUACAAAGUAUUAAUGGUGGCACGUUCUAGCCAAGGAGCCUUUUUUCUCCGAGCAUGAUUUCUGCGUCUUUUCUUCGAGCUAUUUAUUGUACAAAGAAGCUGCAUUGCUCCUCUGGGAAGCGACUGCUUUUGCUCCCGCAGGUCCCCCCUAACAAAGCCUGUUUUAGGACGUGGCCAUGUUUGAGGUGGGGGCUGCUGGGGCAAAGGGAAGUUGUAUGGCAACCUAGACGCAUCCUUAAGGUUACUCAGAAAGCCAUCUGGACUCAGGGAAACAGGCCCUUGAAAUCAGAAGAAGAUGGCAGCAAACAAGUGUCUGUGCAGAAAAGUCAGAGAGGAGGACCUGCUCUUUCAACUUCACAGAGAGUGAAAGAAGCUGGAAGAGAUUUUACCUAUUUAAUAGUAGUGCUUAUUGGAAUCAGUGUCACAGGUGGCCUAUUCUACGUGAUUUUCAAAGAACUUUUCUCAUCAUCCAGUCCUAGUAAAAUUUAUGGAAAAGCUUUAGAAAAAUGCAGAUCUCAUCCAGAGGAUACUGAAGGUCCACCUCAACAAAGAGACAAGGUAAUUAGUGUUUUUGGUGACUCCAUUAAAGGUUAUGGGGAAACAACAAGGCGAGGUAGAAGACAGCAUGUAAGUCAUAUUGAAUAUGUAAAAGAUGGACUAAAGUACAUGCGUCUGAAAUUCUACAUUGAAGGCUCAGAACCAGGGAAACAAGGAACCGUGCAUCUUGAAAUGAAAGAGAACCCAGAAAGUGGCAAAUAUGAAUUUCGCUAUAUAUUUGUGGAUGUUGAUGUGUAUCCUAGAAGAACCAUUGUUAUUGAAGAUAAUCGAUCCUUAGAUAAUUAACUAAAAGAAUCAAAUAACUGUGAUACUUUCUACUAUGUCACAUAGCAGGGAAUCACAACUCUCAUGAUUUUCAUAGCUCCCUUUGUGAGACAAUUAUGAAAAAGAUAUAAAAGAGAAUAUGUAAUAAUGAAGAAUGUAAGGGAAUUUGUGUGGUAUUAGAAUGAUAAUAUUACAGAUCUUAAUUUGGGCAAAAAACCAUGAAAUAAAGCACAUCUUCAUUUUAUUCAAGUGAAUUAUUACUCACAGUAUUUUGGCUUCAUCUAGAACAAUGCCAUCUUUCAAAUUAGGAGUUUUCUUUUAUUAAAUUUUUAUGCUGCAGAAAUAUGGAAGGUGAAUCAUAGGACUCCAUGCUUUUCCUUAUGAUAUGCAACCUUAUGAAAUAAAAUUAAAUUUAAAAAAUAUGUCAAAGGUAAAUUAUCUUGAUAUAAAAUGUUGAAUCUGAAUUCAGUGUGAAUAUGAGGAAGUAGCUUAGGGAUUACAGUACACCAACCAAUAAUGUAGUAAAGCUGUUCAAAAUUAACAGAUAAAGGUUUGAUGCCAUGUCAGAUUAAUCAUAUUAUUCAAGUAUUCCUCAUACAUACCAACUUCUAUAAUAUGUACUUUUUCUUUAUACAACCAAAAGCAACCUUGGAAAUAAACAAAGUUAGUGUAAAUCAUA